GCUGCUAGGCUGGAGAGAGAAGGGUUAUGUCCUGUGGAGCGAGUUAAACACAACUAACAGCGAAGGGAGACAGCGAGAGUCGGCUGUGCACUGAAAUUUCUGUCUGAAAAACAUGGGAACAGUUUUGACAUAAUUCUUUAAAUACGUCGACUGGACCUUUUUCGAAGGAGUAAAUAAAAUCAUGGUCGUGAAUUCAAUACAUUGGUUUCGUAAAGGGCUGAGGCUUCAUGAUAAUCCGGCUUUACAGGAAGCGUUGAAUGGAGCGGAUACCGUGCGUUGUGUUUAUAUUUUAGAUCCGUGGUUUGCUGGAUCGGCCAACGUCGGAGUCAACAGAUGGAGAUUUCUAUUGGAGUCUCUUGAAGACCUGGACACAAGCCUCAGAAAGCUCAAUUCCAGGCUUUUCGUCAUACGGGGUCAGCCAGCAGAUGUAUUUCCUCGUCUGUUUAAGGAGUGGAACAUCACCCGCCUGACGUUCGAGUACGACUCGGAGCCCUACGGGAAGGAGCGGGACGGCGCCAUCAUCAAGAUGGCCCAGGAGUUCGGCGUGGAGACGCGGGUGAAGAACUCGCACACUCUCUACAACCUGGACAGGAUAAUCGAGCUGAACAACAACAGCCCCCCGCUGACCUUCAAGAGGUUCCAGGCCCUGGUCAGCCGGCUGGAGCUGCCCAAGAAGCCCCUCCCCGCCGUCACGCGCCAGCAGAUGGACGUCUGCCCCGCCCACAUCGCCGACAACCACGACGAGCGCUACGGCGUGCCCUCGCUGGAGGAGCUGGGUUUUAAGACGCACGGGCUGAGCCCGGCGGUGUGGAAGGGGGGCGAGACGGAGGCCGUGGACCGGCUGAACAAGCACUUGGACCGCAAGGCCUGGGUGGCUAAUUUCGAGCGCCCCCGGAUCGGCGCGUCCUCCCUGAUGGCCAGCCCCACCGGCCUGAGCCCCUACCUACGUUUCGGCUGCUUGUCCUGUCGGGUGUUCUAUUACAAGCUGCGUGAACUCUAUCAGCAGGUCCGGAGGCACGGCACACCCCCGCUCUCCCUGUUCGGCCAGCUGCUGUGGCGAGAGUUCUUCUACGCGGCCGCCACCGACAACCCCAACUUCGACCGCAUGUCGGGGAACCCCAUCUGCGUGCAGAUCCCCUGGGACCGCAACCCCGAGGCGCUGGCCAAGUGGGCUGAGGGCCAGACCGGCUUCCCCUGGAUCGACGCCAUCAUGACCCAGCUGCGGCAGGAGGGCUGGAUCCACCACCUGGCCCGGCACGCCGUGGCCUGCUUCCUGACCAGGGGGGACCUGUGGCUCAGCUGGGAGAGCGGCAUGAGGGUGUUCGAGGAGCUGCUGCUGGACGCGGACUACAGCGUGAACGCGGGCAGCUGGAUGUGGCUCUCCUGCAGCUCCUUCUUCCAGCAGUUCUUCCACUGCUACUGCCCCGUGGGCUUCGGCCGCCGCACCGACCCCAGCGGCGACUACAUCAGGAGGUACGUCCCGAAGCUGAAGGACUACCCCAACCGAUACAUCUACGAGCCCUGGAACGCCCCGGCGGCGGUGCAGAAGGCGGCCAACUGCGUGGUGGGCGUGGACUACCCCAGGCCCAUUGUCAACCACGCCGAGGUCAGCCGGCUCAACAUCGAGCGGAUGAAGCAGGUCUACCAGCAGCUCUCGCACUACAAGGGGCUGAGUUUGCUGGCCUCGGUACCCACCAUUCAGGAGGAGGCGGAGCCACCGAUGACGGACAGCUCCAACGCCAACAGCAGCGCAAGCGGUUCGAGUUCGGACCGCCGCCGGGCUGAGGCCUCGCCGAGGAAGAGGGGGAUGACUCCGGAGUCGCCCUUCGCGGAGAAAUGCAGGGGUUCUAAAGUCCCCCGCUCCCGCGCCGGCCCGAGCCUGGACCAGGACCCGGGACGGUCCGACUGCCAGCGAUGGUGAUCAGGAGGAUGAACUCAGAAGAAAAAGAAAGAAAGGAAACUGCCAGAGGCACCUGGCGUGACCUUCCCGCCCUUCGUCUGUAAGAUCGGCGGAAAGAAAACGAAAGUACCAUAGCAACGUUUUCGUUUAAAAUGCAAAAGUAAACGAACAAACCCAACCCGACACAACACCAAAAAAACUAAGGACUUAAAAAUACACCAGAAAUGAACCAUCACUUCCAGAAAUCGAAUGAACACACUGCUAUAGUAAGCUUCCGUAGUCUUUUGCUUCAGUAUUUCCUAACCUGCUGUUUUUUUAUUUUUUAUUUUUUUGGUUUUUUUUUAAUUUUUUUCUGAUCCGAUGACAUUUGUGGAGAGUGUGAGGCAUUGCAAACAAAUGUCCAUAAUUUCUUGUCACAUUGUCAGAGAGAUAUUUUGUCGAGCGCGUGUCUGGUCGGACGCCAGCAUUCUGUGGCUUUCCAGAGAGCUGCUACAGUGGCGGAUGAAGCAUUUGAAAAAUGGUUCCCUUAGCAUGUUGUUGUUCGAAUGCACCGUGGGUAAUGGAGUAUUCCAGUUUGAACGGGCUCAGAAUGACCCCUGUCAGAUUUGCCAUUUAUACGUGUAACCAUGGCAAUACACUCGCGCUUUGUGGAGCAAACGAUAUUGUAUCAUUCAAGGUUUGGGUUUACUUGUUCAACACAUACACUGUUUUGCACAUGUAUCAGCCUUAUAUAUGUAAAACCAAAAAAAAAGGGUUUUUUUUGGCUGUGCGCUUUUAUUUUAAAGAAGAAAAAAAAACAUUUUCUUUGGUUAAUUUGAAGGUUUUGAAAACUUUUUCAAGGCGUUUUUUAAAAAAAAAUGAAUUUUAUUUAAAUUUAGGAAAUAACAUUUCCGUUUGUACAAAUCUGUAGCUCAGAGCCCAGGAAUAAAUGUAACCCCACCCACACAUAGGCACAGAUGGAAAUGUUUAGACUGGUCCGAUAUUGCAACGCAGUUGAUUUCUGGUACUGUUGCAGAUGCUUAAUACAUACCAUAAUAACCGCGUACAAUGUAGUCUUAAGCCUUUCAUGGCUUUACCAUGACAACCACAUUAAUUUUGUUUAAAAAAACAAAAACAAAAAAGACCUAAAUCGUGUUUACCAGCCGUGUUAUAUUUACCUCAUGAAGUAGGCAUGUAACUGCACACAAUACAACACAAUACAAUAUCAGUCUGUUUUGUGGGAACUUCAGUAGGAGCUGUGUGAAUGUAAGAUGUGCUUGCCUUUUCUUCACCUACUGGUGUGUAGUGCUACAAUAGCCAUGGUAUCUUGGUCCCACUUCUGGCAAUAUGAAACUAUGAUACAAAAAAUGAUCUAUGGUCCAGACAGAAAACGGAAUGAAUAAUUGUUUUUUUUUUUUUUUUGACUCAUUGAUUAGCCGGUGUAAUGCUUAAUAAAAUGGUUGUUUCUCUAUAGAAACUAACGUCAAAAGUGCACAGCCAAAGGAAAUACCCCCUCCCCCCUUUUUUAAUGAUUUAAAAAAUGCUAGUACCAACUGUUGAUUAGCUUCCAUAUUCAAUAAGCCACGCUUACUUUUCUGUUGUUGACCAUGCACAUUCCAAGCAAAAAAAAAACAAACAAAAAGAAAAACAUUCAUUAUAAUUUAAGUGUUCUUAAGCUAUGUUGAAUAGUUAUUUAUUUUUUGUAAUGUAAAAAAGAGAUUAUUUUCAUUAUAACUCUAAACGGUUUUGUGAGCAACUCCUUUCUUAAGCCAAAAGUACACAAUGCCAUCUGUAACUUUUAAGAUCAAGGUGAACAGGUAAUUGCGUGUAUGGAGUGAACAUGAGGGCUUCGCCGAGAGACAUACUUUCAAAAGUCACGACAAUAUUAGAAACCGAAAUGACGUUUAAUGCACUUUUUUUUUUUCCUCCUGAAUUUUCAGGUCCUUUCUGAGAGAAACAUUUAGCUUUCUCGUCAGGCCUGAAGUGUGCAUUGGAGCACUUUUCAAAAUGAAAAUAAUAAUAAUAAUAAUAAUUCACACAUUUUCUGACUUGCCGCAGAAAGAUUUGUUCAGUUUUGAAUUUUCAGACGGAAAAACGCGAUACGCUUACAGCAAGCGCACGUUUUGCAAACCACAAUACUUCAAAUCGAGCAGGACUGGACCGAUGAAUUGCUGGAAACUUCCAUAAAUUCCUAGCAACCAGCGGACUCUGUAUUGACCACGUUCUCUGACUUUUCGCUCCGAAACCUCCAAAUUGGCAUGUGGAAUUGAAAAAUGAAGAGUACGUUCCUGAAUUCUGGAAGCCUUUUCGGCUUCUUGUUGAGUGUAUGACGCUGAUGACGCAGCGGGAAACCAGAUGAGGUGUGAAUCUCUUCUGGUUCGGUCCGUCUCACCCCUGGACGGACAGCCCCUUGUCAGUUGGCCAGCUUGUAACAUAAGGCAAGGCUUACUGUGCCUUGGGUUAUUAAUUCAUGAGUAUAACACCCUCCGCUCCGAUGCGCUGAGAAAUUUCAGCGACGUUAAACAACAGCCUCCGCUUGCAGUGCAGUUGACAAGCAAACAGCUUGUAUUCGGCUUCAUAUUCCAGUCAUGCAAUAUGUAACGUUAAUUAAUGGAGUGCUGGACUCGGCUGCCGCUGGUUGCCGUCGGUUUCUUGCGGGAGCUGAGUCACUCUUUGACCUGCUGAGUGCCGGUGAGCUGGAGCAGGACCCAGUUUCUGUAUGGGUGCCUCAUGGAACUGUAUGGGUCCGUUUAUCAUUCGGCUUUUACUCCCGUUCAGUCAACACCUAUACGUAUAUAUACACACAGCUCUAGUAUCCAAAGCUGUUCCAUGAACGUCUUCAGGAUCGUCUUCUGGAAACAUUGUCGGCUACUACCACUAGGAUUGCUCUUAUUUAAUGGUUUUUUUUAUUUUUAUUUUGUGCGGCAGCUUUGGUAUGUAGAAUGUGAAUAAUUAAAGAGGACGGGGUCACGUACUGCAGUCCUGCCUGGUGGGUGUGCGUGUGUGUGUGUAUAUAUGUGUGUGUGUGUGCAUGCGUAUGCGUCUGCAUGCAUGUCCAUGUACAGUAUGUGGAGUGAAUGUGUGACUGAGCCUAUUCCGGUACGCCUGCUUCAGAUCGCCAUGGAGCCCUUUCAAAUUAAGAUGCCGCAAACCAAUCAAAACGAAACGUUACGGCUAGCUGUCCAACUCGUACGUCAUUCGCACAGAGUACCCAAGAAGGCUGCUUCCAUGCGUAACGGCCAUUGCAUUGUAGCGAGGUGUUGGUGUAGCUGCACUUUGCAGAAAUGGCGUGCACCGUACUAGGAAGACAAGGAUGCAUCACAAGUGAGAUCCAGCUGCAGGUUCUACCAGUCUGACUUUUUUUACAGGGGGGUAACUGGAACCUGAAAUCCAUUUUUAUGGUACAGUCAUCUGUCCAACGAUAACGUGGUCAAAAAUUUUUAUUUGCAGAAUCCUGACCU